AUGGAAAAGCGGCUGGACCUCAAACUUACGGCCAACCGACAUGUCGUGGGCGUCCUUCGAGGUUACGACCAGUUCAUGAACAUUGUGCUGGACAACACCGUUGAGAUUGUAUCGCCAACGGAGAAGAACGAAAUCGGCAUGGUGGUCAUCCGCGGAAACAGCAUCAUGAUGUGGGAGUGCCUGGACAGAGUGAAGUGA